UUUGUCGAAUGGGAAGGAAAUCUUGCACCAUGGAUGGAUUCUGCCUUCUCUAUCUGUUCCUGAUCCUUCUGAUGAGAUCUGGUGAUGUUGAAACCAACCCUGGACCGGACAGAAUUGUCAGUGAGGACGAAUUCAUAAAGCUGUCUAAGCUGAUUGAACCUAGCUACUACAAAGUGGUGGGCGUUAACCUGGAGAUCCCCAAUGCAGAGCUUGAUCAAAUCUCUGUACAACGUAUGCUAAAUACCAGUGAUGCAUUGAUGACUGUGUUCACGAGAUGGAGAGACAAACAGCCUCCAGGCUCAGACUUCAGGGCUCUUCUUGCAGAGGGAUUAGAAAGAAGUGACCUAGGGUUCUUCUCUGGCAAACUACUCGCUGACAGUCUCGUCCCACCCAGGACAGGUGAGAAUAAGAAGGAAAUCAUGUCGGAAGCCCCAUAG